AUGCUCAAAGAUUGCAGGGCCAUCCAGAGAUGGAAGAUCAUGCUUCUUUCUAACUUCACACUUCCCUUCUAUCAUCUCUACUGGCACACUGAGUGUUCCUUCACUUCGACUGCUUAUGCUGCUUCCCCAGCCCAGCUUGCUCAACAUCAGCUUGCUUAUCAGCACAUACAGCAGCAGCAGCUCCAAAUGUUCUGGAACAACCAGUACCAGGAGAUUGAACAGGUGAAUGACUUCAAAAACCACAGCCUGCCGCAGGCUAGGAUCAAGAAGAUCAUGAAGGCUGAUGAAGAUGUGCGGAUGAUAUCGGCUGAAGCUCCAGUCAUGUUUGCCAAGGCGUGCGAGAUGUUCAUCCUGGAACUGACACUGCGUUCAUGGAAUCACACAGAAGAGAACAAGAGGCGGACCCUGCAGAAGACUGACAUCGCAGCUGCGAUCACACGGACGGACAUCUUUGACUUCCUGGUUGACAUUGUGCCAAGGGAGGAGCUGAAGGAUGAGGUGCUUGGGGCCCUCCCAAGGGGUGGGGCUGGUUCAGUUGGGGGUCCCACCGAUGCUAUUCCUUACUACUACAUGUCGCCACAGCCUGGCCCUCAGGUCAUGGGCAAACCUGUCGUGGAUCAAAAUCUGUAUGUUCAGAUGUGGCAGCAGCCGCAGCAGCAACCAGGAGAAGAUUCGUGAACAGGGAAAUGAAGCAGCAGCAGAUGAAUUCAAGAAAAGACAUGGUAAAAUUAAAACUAUGCAAUUUCUCUUUUUAACCGUAGCUAAUAUGUGGUAAGAAUGAAAAUUAAGAUGAUCUUGUUUCAAUUGCAUGCUUCAAUACAAGUACUCUGCA